CGAGACUGGCUCUGCGCUCUUCAGGCGGUUCACAACGAAUUUACAUUACAUCUACACUUUACUCCUAUUCCGCGGUCGUUUCACUUUUACCAGGGGUAGAAUUUGUUUUAUCGGAGGUCGAGAGGAAUUUUAUUUAUUUGUUCCAUAUUUAGUUCACGGGGAUCAUUUGUUAAGAUUUAUAUUCGGACGGUUUGAAUUAUUUUUCACCACCAACAGCGGGACAGCACGAGCGAGCGACAGGGACCGGAGCUGAGAGAGAGACACGUCUUGUGCUGAAUAAAACCUCAAGAGCUCGAGAUACAGAAUGGACAUUAUUACCAAAGGAUGGCACUAUAAAUGUCUCCUAACUUUGUAUUACUUUGCACGCAGUUCGUGAGAAAUAACAUAAACAAUAUUUAUAUUUAAUCCAUAUUUAUGUUGACCUCUGCUAUUUAAAUGCUUCUGUCUUCAAAUGGCUAAAUGGACUGUGCGCUGAAAGCUGAUGCAGUUAUUUGAUUCGAUGUUUUAUUUGAUUUUGAUUCGAUGUUUUAGAAUCCUCAUUAGCCGACGCCAAUGGCAACAGCUCUAAACUGCGCUAUCAUUGGCCUGUGAGUCAAUUCAAACGAACAAUUAUAAUAUAUUAUAUAUAUCGAUAUAUAUAUAUUAUAUUUUAGUUCAUUUUUUGAGACGUUUUAACAUUGUAUUCAAUUUCCUUGUAUUGUUGUCGGAUUGUGCGUUCUCCUUGAGCGCCCUGAACGGAAGAAUCUAAACACACAUCCACCGGGGAUUAUAGCCUCUUCGCAUGAUGACGCCUCUCAGCUGAGACCGGGACCUUUACGUUAAAACCUAGGACCCAGGACCAGAGCCUACCGGUACGACUGUGAGCCCGGAGCCGAAACAUGAGGGCGUCUGGCAGGGUGAUCUUCUGGCUCCUCACGGCGGUGUGUUCGCUCUCCAGGUCUCGGACGGCCACUCUGGGCAGUGUUAGAGAUCUGGACGCCAUGUUGGGGCCACAACAGUUCAGGGGCGUGGCCAACUUUAGCACAUUCCUAUUGGACCGUUCGUCUGGCGUUCUCUUCCUGGGUGCGAGAGAUGCCAUACUGGCCGUGGACACCAACAACCUGACACAACCACCACGCACGAUUGUGUGGGAUGUUCCUGAGGAGAAGAGGAAGUCCUGUGUGGCCAAGGGAAAGACAGAGGGCGACUGUAAUAACUACCUCCGUCUGUUGGAGUUUCUUGGCAACGGGUGGAUAUAUGUCUGUGGAACCUAUGCUUUUGACCCACAGUGUGCCUUCCUGAACAUGUCUUCCUUCUCUUUGGAGCGGGGGGAGAAUGGAGGGGUGAGGAUGGAGACUGGGAAAGGGAAAUGCCCCUUUGAGCCCAGCCAGCACUAUACAGCUGUUAUGGCAGGAGGUAUCUUGUACACGGCCGCCACGAGUAACUUCCUGGGAACGUUGUUCGAUAUCUCCCGGGCAACCGGACAGGAGCAGGAACGUAUCCGCACCGAGAGAUCCAUCAACUGGCUCAGUGACCCAGAGUUUGUGUCGUCGGUGUUCAUACAACAGGAUGAAGCCAACAACCCACAGGGUGAAGACAACAAGAUCUACUUCUUCUUUACUGAGGUCGCCAAGGAGUACGACCUCUACACUAAGGUCAAAGUUCCCAGGGUCGCACGUGUCUGCAAGUCUGAUGUAGGCGGUAUGAAGACGUUACAGAGGCGUUGGACCACCUUCCUCAAGGCUCAGUUGGUGUGUGAGGACAGAGCCAGCGGACAGCGUUACAACAUACUGACUGAUGUCUACACAAAACAACACACAUCUGGAGACCCUAGCUCUACACACUUCUAUGGUCUCUUCACAUCUCAGUGGGAGCAUGAGGAGUUGUCAGCGGUGUGUGUCUACAGUCUGGCUGACAUCAGUAAAGUGAUGGAUGGACCCUUUAAGGAACUGAAGAAGACCUGUGAGAACUGGAUCAACCCAGAACCAGUACCAACACCUAGACCAGGACAGUGUCUGAACAGUGCUCUGAGAGCGGAGGGCUUCGAGUCUUCUCUCAAGCUGCCGGACAAGGUGUUGACGUUUAUGAGAGACCACCCUCUGAUGGAGAACAACGUGAUCGCAGCUCCUCUACUGGUGAGGAGGGGCAUCACGUACACUAAAGUAGCUGUUACCAGGACGACCAUGGGGUCGGACGAUGAUCAGAGAAACGCAGCCACCGUGCUGCACCUGGGAACAGAUCGUGGGGAGCUCCAUAGAGUACUGGUGGUAGGACACAUCACUACACUACUACAGGAGAUACCUCUCUUCUCUGCACAGGAACCUGUCAACAACAUACUGCUACACAAGGGCCAGGCUCUAGUAGGUACCCCCCUAUCGCUGGCCCGUGUGGGGGCAGAGGGAUGCAGCCUUUACCCCAGCUGUGAGGUGUGUGCCCGGGCCAGACCCCUGGGGUGUGUCUGGCGGGCCAAAGAGGGAGCCUGUGGCCCCGGCAUGACAGAGCCCAUCCAGGGACAGGAGGUUGAAGAUGCUCUGAAGCUGUGUGACAGCGGAGAAGGUCGUUGUUCCCCUGUCCUGCGAGAGCUGCGUGUCUCUGUGGGUCUCCAUGUUCUGCUACCCUGUGUCCAGGUGUCAACACGCCCCUGUACCUGGGAACACCCGCCACACAGACACACCCGUCAACAUCACUCUGACCUGGAGGUCACUGUCACAGAGGAAAGCCUGGGGACAUUCACCUGUCUAUGUCAGGAGGGUGGACCAGAGGGUAAGGAGGAGAGACCUGUCUGUCGCAGAGCCUCCUACCAUCUCACCCUGGAGGGUCCUAGCGCUGGGGGGGCCGUGGCGAUGGCUGGAGGACGUCACCUACUGGCCAUCUACAUGCUCUGCUUCGUGCUGGGCAUCGCCCUCGGAGGAUUCCUUCUCUACUUCCUGUCCCGCCGACGCGGGAUUGGCCAGCGCCACCCAGACCACUCCCUUUCCUCGGAGAAAGGGCAGGACUUGCUGGGCUCCUCGGCGACGCCGCAGUCACCUAGCAGCGGCAGUUUGCUGUCGGAGGGGUUCCCAUUAACGGAGAAGAGAGGAAAUGGAACGCUGCUACUGACACACCACCACGGCAACGGCAACGGGGGUCACCACGGCAACUACGGCGUUGCUGGCGGCAACGGCGGCUGCGACGGUAACCACGGCAACGGCGGCGGCCACGGCAACGCCGGCUACGCCAACAACGCUAACUGUACGGCAGCGAGCGCUGUGAACGGGCUGAAGCUUCACGUUCAGGAGAUGGUGACGGACGAGAGAAGGGGAGGAGAGAGAGAAAGGAGGAGGCCGGAGGGAGGACAGGGGGAUGAGGAGGACGAGGGGCUAGGGGAGGGGUUGGGGGGAAUUGAGGAGGAGUUAGCGGGGUUUGCGUUGUUUAAGUUACCAGCACCAUUGGCCCAGUGUGAGGAGAGUUCAAUCUGAUCCACGGUGAUAGAGGCAUGACCAAGAUACGCGAGUUGAGAAAAGAGACAUAGAGUUUGCGUCCCAAAGGCAACCCUUGUUCAUGAGCACUGCACUAUAUAGAGAAUAGUGUGCCAUUUGAAAAGAGAGACAUUACUGAGCUCUUCUCUUGUCUAUUGCUGAACACAGACGAAACAGGGAUGAAAAGAGAGACAUUAUUGAGCUCUUCUCUGUCUAUUGCUGAACACAGACGAAACAGGGAUGAAAAGAGAGACAUUAUUGAGCUCUUCUCUGUCUAUUGCUGAACACAGACGAAACAGGGAUGAAAAGAGAGACAUUAUUGAGCUCUUCUCUGUCUAUUGCUGAACACAGACGAAACAGGGAUGCAAAGAGAGACAUUAUUGAGCUCUUCUCUGUCUAUUGCUGAACACAGACGAAACAGGGAUGCAAAGAGAGACAUUAUUGAGCUCUUCUCUGUCUAUUGCUGAACACAGACGAAACAGGGAUGCAAAGAGAGACAUUAUUGAGCUCUUCUCUGUCUAUUGCUGAACACAGACGAAACAGGGAUGAAAAGAGAGAGAAAGGGUGGGAUACGAUAAAUCACUUGUGAUGUUAUACACACACAAAAGCCAUACUCUCUCUCUCUCUCUCUCUCUCUCUCUCUCUCUCUCUCUCUCCCCAUCUCUCUCUCUCUCUCUCUCUCUCUCUCUCUCUCUCUCUCUCCCCCAUCUCUCUCUCUCCCCAUCUCUCUCUCUCUCUCUCCCCAUCUCUCUCUCUCCAUCUCUCUCUCUCUCCCCAUCUCUCUCUCUCCCCAUCUCUCUCUCUCUCCCCGUCUCUCUCUCUCCCCAUCUCUCUCUCUAUCUCUCCCCAUCUCUCUCUCUCCAUCUCUCUCUCUCUCCCCAUCUCUCUCUCUCCAUCUCUCUCUCUCCCCCAUCUCUCUCUCUCUCUCCCCAUCUCUCUCUCUCUCCCCCAUCUCUCUCUCUCUCUCUCCCGAUCUCUCUCUCUCUCUCCCCAUCUCUCUCUCUCUCCCCAUCUUUCUCUCUCUCUCUUUCACUUCUCCUCUUUCUCCCUCUUCUUAUUCUCUCUCUUUCUCUCUCUCGCUUUUUCUCUCUCUAUUUCUCUCUCUCUCUCCCUCACGACCUCUCUGUCUUUUUUCUCUCAACUACCAAUCCAAGUCACAAAGGGGCCCCAGAGCCACACCGUGCCAAGGCAGACUGCACCGAUACUGGGCAUGAUGUGGCGAGAGGCUGGCUUCUUACACCAAACCUCCAGCAGGACAGACUGCUAUUAAUGAAGGCUGACGUUACGUUCCAAUAAUCUCUCCUUUCUCCCAAAGUAUGCACACUUUUAGGAAAAAGGUAGAAAAUCAGGACACAGUCCUGAAACUAUGGAUCUGUCUCAGACCUCUCAGAUGGACUGUAAGUGGCUGAGCUCGGAGGUUAAUUAGAGGUUAGAGGUCAACAGUUCAAAGGUCAUGAUUGAAAAAGAGAGUUCCUAAAUAUAAAGACAUGAACUGGAGAUCCAGACGGAACGUUAAGACAAGAAAAUAAGAAAAUUGGAAUUCCGGAAUUACAUUUUGGAAAAUUCUGGAAUUUUCAGACUGGGAACAUUCCUAUUUGGGAAAACUGAGAGGGAUUCUGUUAUGGAAUUUCAGCCUCACCUGAUUGAACACCCGCCAUUUUGUUUCUCUGAGUGAGGGCCUUUUUCCCAAAUACCUACUUUUGACCAGAGCCCUAUAGGUCACAAGUAGUGCACUAUGUAGGAGAUAGGGUGGCAUUAGAGACAAAGCCAAGGGUUUCAAUCAAAACGUCCUGUAUGUUUUUAAUAAUAAUAAUAAUAAUAAAGCCUUUUAAUAUAAUGUAACUAGACUAUGUUGUUUUACAGUUACAGUAGAAAUUGGGGUCGACUCCAUAGAAACAGAAUGUUGUUUUUCACAGUACACAUUUAGAAUUCGUGGUGACUCGAGUAACCCUGGAGAUCCGCGAGUGACCCUGGAGAUCCUCGAGUGACCCUGGAGAUCCUCGAGUAACCCUGGAGAUCCUCGAAUAACCCUAGAGAUCCUCGAGUAACCCUGGAGAUCCUCGAGUAACCCUGGAGAUCCUCGAGUAACCCUGGAGAUCCUCGAGUAACCCUGGGGAUCCUCGAGUAACCCUGGAGAUCCUCGAGUAACCCUGGAGAUCCUCGAGUGACCCUGGGGAUCCUCGAGUGACCCUGGAGAUCCUCGAGUAACCCUGGAGAUCCUCGAGUAACCCUGGAGAUCCUCGAGUAACCCUGGAGAUCCUCGUGUGACCCUGGGGAUCCUCGAGUGACCCUGGAGAUCCUCGAGUAACCCUGGAGAUCCUCGAGUAACCCUGGAGAUCCUCGAGUAACCCUGGAGAUCCUCGAGUAACCCUGGAGAUCCUCGAGUGACCCUGGGGAUCCUCAAGUGACCCUGGGGAUCCUCGAGUGACCCUGGAGAUCCUCGAGUAACCCUGGAGAUCCUCGAGUGACCCUGGAGAUCCUCGAGUAACCAUUUUUUGUCAAUGGUUCAUAUUUACACCUUUGGUUAGUUGAGGGGUUCUUGGAGGAAGCUUUAAUAAACAUGUGUCAAACUCAUUCCACAGAGGACCGAGUGUCUGAGGGUUUACGCUCCACCCUUGUACUUGAUUGAUGAAUUAAGGUAAUUCAUUAGUAAGGAUCUCCCUUCAACUGGUUGUCCAAGUCUUAAUUUAUAAAAUAUAUUUAAAAACAGCACACACUCGUCCCUCCAUGGAAUGAGUUUGACACCCCUGCUUUAAUGGUUCAAUGUAGCAACGGGCUCCUGUAGGAACCUGGAGUGGAGGCGUGACUUAGUAGGGGCGUGGCUUUAAGAUCUAUAUUUUUUUGACCACCUGUGAGAGUAAAUGUCAUUCCUGUUCAUCCGUUCUGUUGUAUUGUCAUCACAUGUUACAGUUGAACACUGACAGUUGUGUAGCUUCAAUGAGGCUAACAGACUUCAUCAACAGCUUUAUGCAAAUCAUCACUUUAUUACUGAAUGGAAUCAGCAAUGUUAGUAUUAGAAUAUGUAAUACACAUAAAUAUUCAAGGGACAUGUUAAUUUGCAGUGUACAAACUUUACAUGAUGAACAGGAAUGACAUUUACGCUAACAGGUGACCACAAAUAACUAUCUGAAAGUCACUCCUCCAAUAAGCCACGCCUCCAAUCUGAGACUGCCACCUCUACAAUAUAUUAUUAAAAAGGUUUGAACCUUUACAUAUGGGUUCCUCAAAGACUCUUUUCAGAGGGGUUCUUUCAGGAAUCCUUUUCAGCUUGAAAGAAUUCCAGGCACCUUUAAAUCUAAGUGUACUGUGGAGGUUGGGGAGGAGACCAUAGAAGCACAAUGACUAGAAAGGACAUUCCCCAAUCAAAUCAAUGGGUUUGAAAUGGGUGGACCGGCAGCCAUUUAACAAGUGGGAUUCUAUUUCUAUGGCAACACCGAUGAUAUCACAAUAGCAUAAAACACUGCCGUAGUUUAAUGAUCAUCGGGUUAGAAUAUGUAGAGCCAGGAGUUUCUCCCGACCAAGUUAUCUGCCCAGGAUAAACUCUAGGCCCCCUUUUUACAGGCUCGGACCCAGUGUGGGUCCCAAUAAUACAUACUUUUCUCCUGAACACUCGUUCACUACUCUGCACAAAUGUAAAAAAUAUUGGAUUGGAUGCAUGGGCUAGUGUGAGUUUCCAUCAUAUUAGUUCUAAGAAAGGACCCAUAGAUUUCCCUGAGCAGAUCAUUUGAUUCAUAGCACCAACAAUGCUGCUUAUAAAGGUAGUUGUUGAGGUGGUUGUGGAGGUGGUGAAAGGCGGUUCACCGCUCAAUCGUAAAAUAUCCUUUCAAAUGCAGAUUGGGAUUUGGAUUGAAUCCCGGCCUAAGAAAAAACUCUGAGCCCCAAGUACGGCAUAUGUUGAACACAGGCCUGUGGCAGACAGUUAUAGGCACAGCCAUUUGUCAGCUGUUUUUGAGUGACAAACACUGCCAUCCAAUGGAAUGACUGCAUUUUAAACUACAACCUAAUUUUGAAUGUGAAAAGAAACACCAGAAUCCUGAUUUUGAAUUAAGAAUAUUUUUUUUUAAAUUCUUGAGAAUAUUUUUUAGAAAUAAAGCCUAAGUAAUAUAUCUUAUAAUGACAGGCAACAUAGUCACCAUUUUGAAUUAGAGGACGGGAGUUAUACAAAAAGAAGAAAGAAAGGAAAGAAAGAUAUAUAGCUAACAGGUUAUCUCCUCCUCCAACACUAUCCUCCGAAAAGUCUCUGUGUGUCUGUGUUCCAAAUCACACCCUAAUUCCUUUUCUAAUGCACUAGUUUGUGUUCCAAAUCACACUCUAUUCCUUUUCUUAUGCACUAGUUUGUGUUCCAAAUCACACCCUAUUCCUUUUCUUAUGCACUAGUUUGUGUUCCAAAUCACACCCUAAUUCCUUUUCUAAUGCACUAGACUGUGUUCCAAAUCACACCCUAUUCCUUUCAUAAUGCACUAGCCUGUGUUCCAAAUCACACCCUAUUCCUUUCAUAAUGCACUACUUUUGACCAAGAUCCAUAGGGCAAACUUGGUGCACUAUAAAGGGAAUAGGGUGUGAUUUGGAAAACACAGUAUGUAUGUAUAGAGAUGAGCAGUGACGCUAUGAUGCCAUGAGCUUGUAUGGCCACUGGGUGGCGACGUCAUCCAGUCUUUCAGUAUCUUCUUCUUCUAGUAGAAUCGGUACACAAUGGUACAUACGUGGCAAUGAUAGAACUCUACAUUUCUCUCUCUCUCUCUCUCUCUCUCUCGCUCUCUCUCUCUCUCUAGAAUAUUACCCUCUCUUUGACCUCUACUUUAAAUACGUAUGAUAAAGGUGUACAGAUAUGUUGGAUUCUAAGUAUGCUUCCCCAAUGUCGCACUAUUCCCUUUAAAGUGCACUAUAUUUGCGCCCUGGUCAAAAGUAGUGAACUAUGUAGGGAAUAGGGUGCUAUUUGCAAGCCUAAGGAUUUAUCUUUAUAAUUUAUAUACUGUCUGAUGAUUUAAAAAAAAAUGUGUACAUUUGUUUUGAAUACCAGGCUCUAACGUGGUAAACGAACAUCCGGGACAAUCAUAUUGGUAUGAUAUGUAACGUUUGGUAUGGCUGCAUAAGAAAGAAGGUGACUUAAGGCAAAAACCAUAUGAAGAUGGUUGGGUGGACAUGUAACAGUAUAGCUUCCGUCCCUACCUGGGCUCGAACCAGGGACCCUCUGCACACAUCAGCAACUGCCUCCCACGAAGCAUCGUUACCCAUCGCGCCACAAAAGCCACAGCCCUUGCUGAGCAAGGGGAACAACUACUUCAAGGUCUCAGAGCAAGUGACGUCACAGAUCGAAACGCUAUUAGCGCGCACCACCGCUAACUAGCUAGCCAUUUCACAUCAGGUUACAUACAUAUCAUACAAACAUCUAUCAACCCUAAAGGUGUGUGUUCUAAUCUCAUCACAGACAACUUUAGCAUUUUAGUUAAUUCGCUACUUUGAAACUACUUAGCAUGUUAGCUAACCCUUCUCCUAACCCUAACCCUUUACCCCUAACCCCUAGCAUAGCACCGACAGUAGGUGACGUUAGUGUUAGCAACCUAGCUAACGUUAGCCACAACAAAUUGGAAAUCAUAACAUAUACAUAUUGAACAUUAGUAACAUAUUGUACAAAUUGCAAUUCGUAAACAUGUACAAAAUGGGUGAAGGACAUCCACAAAUGAAUAUAUACAGUACCAUACCAAUACCAUACCAAAUAACGUACUAAUUUGAGGGUCCCAGAUUUUUGUUUACAAUGUUUCUUCUAUCCCAGGUUGUGAAUACUAGAGAUUAUUUGUGUGUGUGUGUGUGUGUGUGUGUGUGUGUGCAUGCAUGUGUGUGUGUGUGUUUGUUUGGAUUGUGAUGCUUUCUGUAAAUUAAAGGCUACUUACAGUA